AUGAAACCGCGUUAUAAUCUUCGUACUCACCCAGCUAAACUUAUUUCAACAACCAAUAAAAUUAGUCCUUCAAUAUCAUCUACUCCAAUUUCAAGAAAAACAAAAUUACAGCAUUCAACCGGGUUAAAAAAUAAACACCAUCGCCGUCAUAGCCUUCGUUUAACAUCAACAACAAAAUCUCGAACAGUCAUACAUGAAACUCAGGCAAAAUUAGAUGCCAUAGAAAAAGAUGAUAUGGAAGAAAUUGCAUCAAACAAUGAUGAAAACGAUAACUAUGAUGAAUUACUAUCACGUCAUCAUCGUCAUAUGCUUGAAGAACAAAAGGAUCGAAAACUUUAUGAACGAUAUGUACGUGGUCAACGAACUCUUCGUCGUUUACAAUGUCGUCGUACUCAUACAGCACAUUUAAAUGAAGCAACGCGUACACGUUUAUUACGUGAAUUAGAACGUGAACGUCGUUAUACUGUUCAAGAACAAAUUUGUACUCAUCUUGCUAAUCAUCCAAUUAUAUUUCGCCAUGGAUCUCAUUUGAAUUCUAAUGAACCAAUGAAUUGGACCACACUUGAAAAUGAAAUACCUCGACAGAAACAUUUCGAUACUAUACAUCAAUUAGACGUGAUGAUUAAUAAUUUAAAGAGAGUGAUGCGAACGUCAAAAACAUCAAUAUUAAAACCACGUCUAUCUGUUCAUGAACGACAAAAACAACGUUUAGCAACUUCAGCAACAAUUCCGGUUAAUCUCACGAAUUCCAAUGAGAUACAAUCCAAUGAAAUCAAUUCAACUAUAUCAUCAAUGAAUAUAACAACACCAACAAGUAUAGUAUCUCGUUUGCCAAUUGUACGAUUUAUUGAUGAUCCGUUACGGAUGAGUAAUUCACAACAUUUAACAUGCAUUCAAAAUGUUUUAUUAUUGACUAACAAUAACCAACAUAGCCGAAUUGCAACUAAUGAAAUCUCAACGCCAAUUACAAUUAGAAAGCAAUUUCAUCGUCAAAAAUCUAUACAUAUGAAUAUGUCUGACUCAUCACAUGUAAAGAAACGACCAUUGGAGAAAGAAAACUGUAGUGUCGUGACAUCUACGUUGAAUAAUCAUUUACAAUCAAAUCUUGUAUUGAGAGCGACAUCACCAAUGGUAUCAAUCAAACCUUCAACAUCGUAUCGUUCAUAUCCGAAUACUCGAAAACAUCCUAUGAAUAUGCAUUCAACAAAUCGACGACAUACAAGACUCUCUACGAAUGUUUAA